AAGGGGGAGGAGGACGUGCUAAUGUUUACAACCAUUGGGCUGGCUGCUUACAAUUUCCUCGUAAACAGUGACUUUGUCAAUAUUUCUGCAGAAUACCAAAUGGAAGUUUAUUAAUGGAGCAAAUUAAAUGAGUACUUCACGCAUUCGGGUAAAAAAACCACAAACGUUGAGCUGUUCUGUCUCUCUCUUUAAAUUACCUCGGUUAGCUCUUAGCUCGAUAAACAGGGAGCUAAACUAGAAAACAUGUGUUGCUGUAAACCCAGUUGCUUGUCAGGGAACAAAGGUUAAUGUUCAUUUCAGAUACAGUUUGUAUUAAUUUGCGCAACGUAUUCAGCUCCAGACUGUCACAUGUUUAACAUCUACUAAUAAGUAUAUAGACAGCAUAAAAAACACCUAUACAAAUACACAGGUGUAAAUAUAUAAAGCUGUGUAUGUGUAUUUAUAGUCUACCGCGUGCUAGCUUUAACGAUUGUGAGGAAAUGUCGCAUUUUACUGUAUUUUACUGUGUAAAUACUGGAUUAAUUCGUAUUUAGCCACCUGUUUCAUACUUGUAAUUACACAUUGAGCCGAGACGACCCUUGUCAGGUGGAAAAGUGUACAGUACAAUCAAUGUACUGUGUAUUGGUCGACGUUUCCAUCUACAGUUGAUAUGCAGCUGCAUGUGUUGCUCAGUGGCACAGAGAAGUCUGCAGAAGUUAAACGUUCAAUGUCCCGAUGGAGUGGGUGUUCAUCAUGAACCGGAUGAGCUCUCAGGGUAGCCUUGCAGCCCAGCGGAGAAGGAUGGCCCUGGGGGUGGUGAUACUCCUGCUGGUGGAUGUCAUCUGGGUAGCUUCGUCUGAGCUAACCUCAUACAUUUUCAAGCGACAGGAGUACAACAAGCCCUUCUUCAGCACGUUCACAAAGACUUCCAUGUUUGUGCUUUAUUUGCUGGGUUUCCUCCUGUGGCGGCCCUGGAGGCAGCAGUGCACUGGCACUCUGAAACGGCGGCGUCCUGCGUUCUUUACUGACGCUGAGGCCUACUUUACACGUUGCAACACCGACACCACUGUGAACAACUGUUUGAGUGAACCACUGUACGUGCCAGUGAAGUUCCAGGACAUCCCGACUGAGCAUUCAGAUUGUUUAAUCCGAGACUGUGAAUCUUCUUCCAAAAAGCAGCGUGUCCGUUUUAGUAAUAUCAUGGAGGUGCGUCAGCUCCCUUCCACACAAGCCCUAGAGGCCAAACUGUCCCGUAUGUCCUACCCAGCUGCCAAGGACCACGAGGCCAUGUUACGCACGGUGGGGAAGCUAACCAUCAGUGAUGUUGCCAAAAUCAGCUUCUUCUUCUGCUUUGUAUGGUUCCUGGCUAACCUCUCAUACCAAGAAGCCCUGUCUGACACGCAGGUUGCAAUCGUCAACAUUCUGUCAUCCACCUCAGGUCUCUUUACACUGAUCUUGGCAGGCAUCUUUCCCAGCAACAGCAGUGACCGUUUCACUUUGUCCAAACUGUUAGCAGUGGCUCUGAGCAUGGGAGGUGUAGCUCUUGUCAGUCUCUCCAGCAUGGACAGCCCUGAUGGAAAAGGUGCCAUAGGUUCUCUGUGGUCCCUGGCCGGGGCGAUGCUGUAUGCCGUCUACAUUGUGAUGAUAAAGAGACGGGUGGAUCGAGAGGACAAGCUCGACAUUCCAAUGUUUUUUGGGUUUGUGGGUCUGUUCAACCUGCUGUUGCUGUGGCCCGGCUUCCUCCUGCUUCACUACACGGGCUUCGAGGCCUUUGAGCUUCCCAGCCUACUAGUGUGGAUGUACAUCCUCAUCAAUGGCCUGAUUGGAACGGUUCUCUCAGAGUUCCUCUGGCUCUGGGGCUGUUUCCUCACAUCAUCACUGAUCGGGACUCUGGCAUUGAGCCUCACCAUCCCGCUGUCUAUUAUGGCUGAUAUUUGCAUGCAGAAGGUGCGUUUUUCAUGGUUGUUUUUUGCGGGGGCCCUGCCCGUCUUUCUGUCCUUCUUCAUUGCCACACUUUUAUGCCACUACAACAACUGGGAUCCCGUACUGGUGGGGCUGAGAAGGUUAUAUGCCUUCAUCUGCAGAAAACACCGCAUUCAGAGACUGCCGGAAGACUGUGAGCAAUAUGAAAGCCUUAUUCCUCUGCACACCGUCUCCCCCAGUGAAGGAAGCUUCUGUUCGUGACCAAACAAAAGGUGGUCUGGGGGGAUCUCACAGAGCUGACUAAUCUGGAGGCUUUCAGAGACAUUGAACUCAUCACUGCUAUUUGUUCAUUUUAUUUAUUUUUUGAGACGGACGCACUCACCCGUAUCCAUUUCAGCAAGCUGGGUUUUUUUUUUUUUUUUCCAGCGCUGUCAGUUGAGGUGGAAUUUCAGUUCUCACUUAGUUUUUGUUUAAAUAAACAUUAUGGAACAAGAGGGUGCUGGACAUCGAUGGUAAUUACUGCAGUUUUCCCGUAAACAAAUGAAAUGGUACAUGUUGAGCUUCAGCACAACACUAACAGGCAGAGAAGAUUUGUAUGUUGUUGUUUUUUUUUUGUUUUUUUUACAAAGCUGGAUUUAUGUCAUCAGUGAGUUGUUGGACAUUGUUCUGGUCGUUCACAGACCUUCAGAAACUCUGCUGCGUGUUUGUAAAGUGUGUACAUCUUGAUCAAUGACAAUCUGUCAGACCCAUACUGUGUACAAGAAGAAGUUUGCUUUUGAAGUGAAAGUUUUUAAUGCAUAAAGAAAUCCUCAAACAUCACCUCUACUUUCAGCAUUUGAAAUUUUAGAACUAAGUCUUUAUGUAUAAUUGUCAAUCUUUCUGGAUUUACAGCAAGGGUUUUUUUUUGUUUCAUCCCUGUGAAGCUCCUUUGUCGGGCCGUUUGUCCAUACCCUUUUCUCAACCAAUAAACAGCCAGAACAAAGACUCAUCAGUUCACGGCACCCUCCGUGGGCAGCUUGGGAGACUGACGUCUGUUUCUGUUAUGGGAUUCUUUUUAUUACCUUUAUAACUUUUCUCAAGACAAAAAUAUCUCCCUUGCUGUUCCACAGGGGACCUGUUGUGAUUUUCUUUUCUUCAACCAACCUUGUAUAAGUCUGAAGUUCUCCAAAAAGAAAAAUGAAACAAUUCAACAGCUGGAAAGAAUGUUUUUUAGUUCUUCAUGUCAACUUUCUUGUUUGCCCGCUGUUUCUCUGUCGGUGCUGGAUCCCGAGUUCAAUCUGGGAUAGAAGCACAAGCUUCGUUUGUGUGUUCAAACAUGAACAGGACAGUAAGCCUCCUGCUAUAAGCUGCAAAAGCAUUAAGCUGCAAUAACUGUCUGCUUGAAUGAAGAUUUAUCUUUUCAGAAUAGCUGUCUGUACUGUGCACAGUGCAACAUGUAUUGCUGUUUUAUUUCAAAUGACCACUACAGAAUUAUUUAGAGGAUAUAUUUAUGUAUCAGUGUAAAUCAUUCCUCCUUGAGGUUACAAUUCAGCCAAAUUCUCUUUUACUUGAAAUGAGAUUAUAACGCAGCAGAUAUGCUGUGCAAUGUGAUUCUUUUUCUUACAGAAAAACCGAAACAGAAAACAUUUAUUUGCUUUGCUUGUGAUUUCAUGUGAUGACAAGAAGCACUUCUCUUUGCAUUGUUGUGUAGUCUAGUAUGUAAGCAUUAAAUGUAAAUGUUAUUCUACUCAUCUAGACAUGUGGACAGUGUCACAGUUUCUGUUUGCACUUAUUAAAACGGCUGUACGAAGUGGAAGAAAUUAUUAAAGAGAGUAAAUUAACACGUUGAGCAUUUUAAAUUAUCCAAAAAUGUUGGGCACUUGUGUUAUUCCACCUUCUGUCAUAUUUUCAGGUGAUAACGAUUUAUUUUCUUUUAGAGAGGGUUAAUUUGUAUGAGGUAAUGUUUCCUGUCUUAUAAGUGAAUUAUUUCCAUUUAUUUCAUGUUUUAUUAAUGCUGCUUGUGGAAUCACGAUUAUUAUUAUUUUCCUUCUCAGGUUAUUUGCCUUGCUUUUGUUGUUUGAGCCUUUUUUUGUUUCAAAGUCAAUAAUGAAGAUGGUCUACAAUCAAAAUGUUAGCUUCAAAAAGCCGGUCAUAUUAACUUCCUUUCAUUAACCAGAGCUCUUGAAUAAUUCUGUUUUUCCAAGUCUGUUUUCAUACUUCUGUGCACUAUUAAAACAUAUCUUUUA